UAACCAGUAGAAGAAGAAGAAAAACGACCACAAACACAAAUAAGCCGCGGCUGGACAAUGCGCGCGAGCAGUAAUCAAUUUUUAACGUAAUGACAUACUACAUGAAGCGUUUAAAUUCACGUCCGCAUUUUCGCAGAGUCUAAACUUAAUAUUUAUCUUGUAUUUUCUGCAGAUGAUGAUGAAGAUGAUGGAGGAGGGUGUGAUCAGAAAUGUGUUCAAAAGCUACAACAGAUAUCCUGUUCCUGUGUCUGCCUUCAUCACUACUGAAAAAGGCAUUGGGUCUGACACCAAGACCCAGAAUCUCACUAUAAGCACUGAGUGGAGUCAGUGUGAUGUUGACCGAGGCGUUAGAUUGCGCUUUAGUCAGCAGUGGACUCUUCAGUGUAAUGAAUAUACUCUGGAAAAGUUUGUGUGUCUGGGACCCUCUAUACACACACAUGGAGAGCUGCUUAGUAGCCGUUCCCCCUCUGGAGUACGCAGAGCGGUCAUCCGAGAUGGUGUGGGGCAUCAGUACCUUGAGGUAUGGGGCUGUGGUGGACUGGAGAAAAGCUUAGACCUCACAGCCCUGAACAAACACGGAAAAGUCUAUGAAGAUGCACACUUUGCAUGUCUAGUUUGGUCACCGUGUGAGGGAAGGUUACUUUACAUAGCAGAGAAGAAGAGGGAGGGGUCAUCAGCCAAUGACAGUGGAAGUUUGAGUGUGCUUGAAGAAGAGGAUAAGAAUGCGUAUGUGGAAGAUUGGGGCGAGGGUCUGGUUGGUAAAAGUGCCCCAGUGUUGUGUGUAGCAAAUCUAACUAAAGGAGAAGUGAACAUAUGUUCUGGAGUCCCAUGUCAUGUGUCACCUGGACAGGCCUUGUGGACAGGUGACGGCAAGGCCGUGAUCUUCGUGGGCUGGUGGCAUGAACCCUUCCGAUUGGGCCUGAAGUUCUGUUCCAAUCGGAGGUCAGCUGUCUUCUCUAUUGACUUGAAAGGAAAUUCUGAGCUCCUGUCAUGUGAUUCCGGCUCGGUGAUGAGUCCUCGACUGAGUCCAGACUCUCUUUGGCUGGUCUAUCUGCAGGGACAAGUGUUUGGCCCACAUCAACAAUGUCUCCGCAUGAUGCUGUAUGACAUGAAGAACAGAACUACCUCAGUGUUGGUGGAUGUAGUGAGAAGAGCAGAGAAAGGUCAGUUUAUGGGUGUGUAUGAACCUCUUCCUCUUCACUGCUGGUCGUCAGACAGUGAGAGAAUCUUCUUCAGCAGUGCCUGUGAAAACAGCAAGAUGCUGUACUCUGUGGAGAGACGAACCGGAACAGUAACACCUGUGCAGGACACUGCGUGGAACGAGUUUGGGAGUGUCAAGCUGUUAGCAGUAAUCAAAGACCUGAUGGUGAUGUCCUGCUCUGCUCCUAAUCACCCACCUAGCCUGAAAGUAGGGUUUGUACCUGAUGGAAAGCAUGUACAGAGUGUACAGUGGUCUCACUUGGGCGGAGCUAAUACAUACGAGAACUUUGAUUGGGAGUCGAUGAUAAUCACUCCCACACCAGAAGAGGAAAACCAUCAGUUCUCUGGCAUAUGUUCUGGUGCCAUGCUGUUGAAACCAGCAAGGUCUUUCAAAGCUGUGAAGUUUCCUCUGGUUGUCUUCAUACAUGGAGGGCCUCAUUCUCAUUUUGCAGCUGAAUGGAAUGUCACUGCUGCAGCUUUGACUAAACUGGGUUUCUCUGUGCUCAUGGUUAACUAUAGAGGUUCCACUGGUUUUGGUCAAGACGCUAUCGAUUCUCUCCUUGGAAACAUCGGCAGUCAGGAUGUCAAAGACGUGCAGAGGGCUGUGCUGCAUGUCCUGCAGAGUAACAAGACCCUUGAUCCUGAUAGGGUGGCUGUGAUGGGUGGGUCUCAUGGUGGAUUCCUGGCGUGUCAUCUGAUUGGUCAGUAUCCAGAGUUCUACAGAGCAUGUGCAGCACGGAACCCCGUCAUCAACGCGGCCACACUGCUCGGGACCAGUGACAUCACUGACUGGAGAUAUUCCUCUGUAGGUCUGGAAUACAGCUUUGACCAGCUGCCCACUUCACAAGCCCUGACAACCAUGCUGGACAAAUCACCUAUAGUGCAUGCAGCGCAGAUCCGCACCCCAGUCUUGCUUAUGUUAGGUGGGAAGGAUAAGAGAGUGUCGCCUUAUCAAGGUCUGGAGCUUUACAAAGCCCUCAAGAGUAGGAACUCACCUGUCAGGCUGUUAUGGUAUGACAGUGAGGGCCAUUCCCUGUCUAAAGUGGAAACUCAGUCAGACUGUUUCCUCAAUGUUGCACUAUGGUUCAAACAGCAUUUAAACAUGAACUGAACUUCCACUUGAUUAAAUUAAGACAUCAACAUCAUUGAAGCUGCCAAGUUAAGACUUUGGAAUUCACUGGUAAAACAAAAUGCUAUUGUGUGCUACUUGCAUAACUUGCGAGCUCCAUUUCCACUGUGCAGAUUAAUCUGACGACUCCCAAAUAACAGAUUUAUGAUUCAAGAUACAAAGCUUUAUUUGUCACAUGCUCACUCGUAGCUGGUACAAAGGUGCAGUGAAAUCAGAUGCAGCAACUCUGAAGGCUGGACAUAAUGAAACAAUAAAUGGACUAUGCAGACUAUAAACAGUGGAUAUAACGUACAUAUUCAGUAAGCGUUCAGGGCCACAUUCAUCUCAAGCCACAUUCUGAGUUUGAACUACAGAAAAGAACCAAAAUUCCAGUUAGCCACUAAUUGUCUAAAUGUUAGUGCAGUAGAUGAAACAGAACAAAUGAAUAAAUGGACACAAAUCUGUCAACAUUACACUCACCAAGAGUGAACAGAAGUAUCAGUUGACGUGUUUAAUAGAAUUUAACUGAACUUCAGAUAAAUUCAUAAACUGAAUUGAGAUCAAUGCACAUAACUCGUCAAACACACCACAUUAGGCACUAGCUGGCUAUCAUGAGUUCUCUGGCUUUGUCAGAGAAUAAAUGCCUUAGCUGUUCAGCGAGAAAUAUAGUUGAUUAGCUGCCAGCUCUUGCCUGUCACAGUGCAGCCAGAAUUCUUUUGUGCUUAAAGUUAGGACGUGAUGACGUUUGACAUGUCUGCACUGAUGUAUAGCAAAUUUCCUGCCAAAUUUCACCCCAGCCCACUGACACAGUGCUGGCUGUUAAUUACGGUUACAAGGAUGUUGGGGUGAGUCAGAGCAGAUCGGGAUCACUAUAUAGUUUUUUGUUCCCUGACUCUUUAAAUGAAAAGGAACUCUAACGUUGCAUUAAAUUGAUUAUUAUAGAUCACCCUCAAGUGUAACCUUUCCCUGGUUGUCAGUGACUACUAAUGCUAACCACUAGGUGGCAGACCUGAUGUUCCAUUCACAACAAGAAGCAUUUUGCAAACAAAAUGAACAAAAACAAAAAGAAGCCAGAAAAGCUGAAGUUGCCCUUUGAGAUUAGUAUUAGACUAGUUGAAGUAUCUCUUUUGUUUCUGUAAAGUUCCUCUUUACAAUUAAAUUGAUGAGAUUUUUUUUUUCUUGAUUGAGGUGGAAAAAUACAUGAUACAUAAUGAUCAGUGCAGAAUAGGAUGUUGUCCACAGGACUGAAACGUUGUGAUAGUGUCUGAGUUAAUUUUGGUCAUGAUAACUAAGAAAGAAAAUCUUUGUUUUCCUAACCUGGUUAGGCUCAUGUUUAAUUCUAAUAGUACUAAUACGAACUAGCUAGAUAAUAUCUAACAUCUUAGCCAGUGCAUAUUAAAGAACACGAAAGAAAAGGGUUAAUAAGCCCAUAAUGGCAUAGUGUCAUUCCAUUUCAAUUCCACAAGAAGUAUUUAAAACUUGGGAAAUGACUGCAUUUGAGUUAGGGAAAUAAAAAAAUGUAUACAGUUGAAAUCUGAGAAAUAAAAACUAAAAAGUUUUAUUUUCAUUGACUAAAAUUGCUCAGUUGUAUCUGGUUAAAAUGGCGGUCGAUGAAAGUAAAUCUAGACUACAACUAAUUACUUUUACAUAAAAAAGUCAUUUUACUUUUACUUUUUAAUUAAAUUACUUUUAGUUAUUUAGCCAAAUAACUAAAACUUGUACGUAUUUUUGUCAGAAUACUAAAACCAAGUCCAAAUCAGCUAUCAGAAUUAACACUGGCUGGUACUAAUAUGUAAUUUUAUCUUUACAGGUUACUUCCUAAAUAGAAACUAUUUUAAUGGGGAAAUGUCCUUUAAAAUAAUUUUUAUCUACAUGAGAAUCUCCAUAAAAACCUUUACCAUCUUUCAAAGGAAGAUUCUGUCAGUCUGUUCAGAAAGACUGCUUAAAAAAAUUUAAACAAAACAUAAUUUGAAAUCCAGAGCUGAUUUAGCCAAAUCACAGGCCGGCUGAUUUAUCAGUUCACAGAAAACAGAUUACAUUUAGUUAAAUGAACUCCAGAUAGGCUGAUCUGGACUGUGGGCAUUUGCAGCCAACUUGAAAAUCCCUCCUCAGUCAUGCCCUGAAAAUGUGAUCAAUAUGAAAAAUCACAUGUGCCUUCCUUCAGUACACCAGGACGGGCAGUGAGACUAUAGAGCAUCGUGAAAUAUUUAUCAGUAUUAGUACUAUGUGUUUUAGCAUAAUUAUAGUAUAACUUGAGCGUUGCUGUCUUUCCCACAAUUAUCUUUUUAGAUAAAGUAUUUCUUGAUUGUGCUGAAGGCUUUUGGACUUUGUUUUCCAUCAAGCAAAGUGCCUGAUUGAGUUUAAGCGAAUUUAAGCUAACCGCAGUUGCCAUGACGGUAUGUUUUGUGGAAUGUUUUUGUGUCAUAGCCAUCUGAGUCUAGGUAGCAGUUGGUUUUUCUCUAGAAUGUUGUUUCUGUUAUGUUAAAAAACGACACAGGCUCUCACAUGCCUGAGCUUUAUAACCCCCACUAAACCCCAUAUUUUAAUACAGUGAGUCAGUGUACUGUGAAAUCAGUUCUUUACUGUACAUAUCUCCAAGGCAUUAGUAGCACUUAUUAGUACUCUCAUCUUGUUUUAGAGCCUUGGAUUCCUAUCUGGGCCAGGGUUGCCAGGUUUCAGUAAAAUUUCCAGCCCAGCUACUUCUCAAAAACGGCACAGAAUAAUCUAAGACGAGCUCCAAAUGUUUUCAAAAGGGAAAUACAGUCUGCUUCUUUUUCCUCUUUCUUUGCCUGAAAACGUAGUUCACCAUGGUGCGCGUGCAUUUCCGAUUUGCAAUAUCUGCAGUACGACUUUGUAUUAUUGCCUGGUGUGGCCAUGAUCCACUCUAUAACCUACUCUAUAAAACAUAAAUGGUUGUAAAUACAUCGUAGAUAGGCUUGGCCUUUUUUCAAGUAUCAGUAAGUGGGAAAUUUUUCCCAAUGAUUGUCGCAUCAGGAAGACCCACAAGAUUUAUCCAUAUUACAUGCCAGAGAAGUGAUUGAGAUCAAGUGUAUCUAGAGGAUCUGUUAUAUCACCCCCCUGUGGUCUUCUACAACUAUUAUGCCAGGCAAUAUUAAACAGCAGUCUAAUAGACAAUGAUGUGGAACGGUUUUCAAAUGCAAAUUAUCCAUUUGAAUGGAAUUUUAAACAAUGUAUUAGCUUCAAAUCAAAUGAUUUUGCUUUAAACCAAAGACUUGGUGGCUGCACGCUACUUUUAAACUAGCCCAAACAAUGCCACCUGCAGAUUUCUUUUCCCAUCCACAACCUCCUUCUAGCUAGCGCGGCAAUGGUGGUUCAAUGAUUAAGGUUAAUCAGGGUUACUAAUCAGAAGGUCAGGGUUCAAGCCCCAACACCGCCAAGCUGCCACUGUUGGGUUCUUAACCCUCUCUGCUCCAGGGGUCCUGUAUCAUGGCUGACCCUGCACUCUGACCCCAACUCCCUAACAAGCUGGGAUGUGCGAAGAAAAGAAUUUCACUGUGCUGUAAUGUAUAUGUGACAAAUGAAGGCUUUGUCUUCUAAAAACUGCUACCCUGGUAUCAGUUACACCUUGGCAGUAAAGUGUGUUUGUAUGUUCUAUUUUAUCCUCUAUAUCCACUCUGCUGAAUUAUUAUUAUUAUUAUUAUUAUUAUUAUUAUUAUGUGAUAAGUAAUUUUUCCUGUACUCUAGAGUUACUAAUUUCACUGGCAGUUGUUUUUGUCUUCCAGAUUCUUUGCUUGUCCUUAACUAUAGUUUUUUUCUCUCUGUAUUUAUUUUCCAAGUAUUUUUCUCCCCAAUAUCCUCCAAUUUCAGUGCCAUCAUUCAGAAAAUGAAAUUUAGCAUACAGUCCCUUGGAAACUAUCGGAACGACAAGGCCAAUUCAUUGUUUGGGCUAUACACCAAAGACAUUUGGGUUUGAGAUUAAAAUAUGGAUAUGAGGCGAGAGUUUGGGAUUUCAACUUUUAUUUCCUCGUGUUUACAUUUAGAUGUGUUAAACAACAUAAAACAUAGAACCUUUUGUAUCAGACCACCCAAUUUUUAGGUGAGCAAAAGUAUAGGAACAGAUUCAAUCUUGAAGUAAAUGAAAGUAAAUAGCAAUUAAUAUUUGUCUGCAUAUCCCUUGCUUGCAAUAACUGCUCAUUUUUAACAACAAUUGCAGUCUUCAUUGGUGAAACUGAAGGCUAAAACUAAGAGUAGAGGUUCAGAGCUAUUUAUUGUUUAAACAACCAGAACACACCUGGAUAACAAGAAACGCCUGUCAGUCACAUGCUCCAAUAUUUUUUGCUCACUUACAAAUUGGGUGGUCUGAUACAAAACUGUGCUAUAUUCUAUGCCAUUUAACACAUCUACAUAUAAAUACCAGGAAAUUAAAGCUGAAAUUCUAAACUCUUCUAAACUUCUCAUAUUGAUCUUUAGAUCUCAAACGCAAAUGUCUUCAGUCUACAGAAAAAAAAAAUUGAAUUGGCCUUCCCGUUCCAGUAGUUUUGGAGGGGACUGUAUACUGUAGUACUGACUCCACAGUCCCAGUGCAUACUAUAUAUAAUAUACCGUAUGUUCAACAGUCACAGUCUGGAAGUGGUUUUACUGUAAAUAGACAUAAAUGACCUCUCUCUCUGUGGCGCCUCCCUGACAUUUUUUUUCAAAGCAGUUUUUUCCAUUCAUAUUUGAUAAGAAUCAUUUCUGUCUCUCUUUCUGAAAUGGUUUAAUUCUUUUCUUGCUUGUACAUUUGAAGUAAAAGACUGAUGUAUUCA